UUAAUUUCAACCAAUACAACACGGAAAAAAAAAGAUGCAACAUUCUUUGCAAAGCUUCUUGGUCUUGGCCGUAGCAGUUUAUUGCGCUUCUGCGCAAUAUCAAGCGAGCGACCCUCAUCCGUCUUUUGAUGCCAUUCAAGUCAAAGCUGAGGAGCGUUUCAUUAAAACAGCCUCGUUGACAUUUGUAACAACGACAGUUACCGUGACAACGUCCGCUGUAACAACAUGCACCACGUCCACAGGUGGACUUUCGGUUUGCACGGCUUCCGGAAGACGCCGUCGUGGUCUCCAUCUUAGCGGAAACAGGGAAGGUCGUGGACUGUUCUACAACGAAAAUGAAGGAGAAAGCGAAGACGGAAGUAUUUUUCUUCCUCUACCUGAAACAAUUAAAGAAAAGUCCACAUCGUCUGAGGUUGUACCUGUCCGACAAGUCAGGAAAGAGGCCGCUCCUAUUCCAUUCGUCGUUCAACCAGGAUUCAAUGCUCCGGCCGGACAAGGUCGCGUAUUGCUGUAUUUCGGCACUUCGACCGUCACGACCACCUCCACCACAACUACCACUACUACGUUGACGGCCACCUGUCGCAGCACCACUGGAUACCAAUUGUGCGGAUCCACCGGCAAAUAAAUUAUAUCUUGGCUGAU